CCUGAUGUUGUCGUGGUGGGGCUCUGGUUGAACUCGACUCGACGCUGCCAGGCUGGAUGGCCAUCCGGGCUGGCCUUGGGCGUCCACCUCGUACUCCAUCGCGUGAAAGUGAAGGUCCGCAAACGGGGCUUCAAGCUCGACAUGGUCCAAAUACAUACUACCGCCGUGACCAUUCGCUGCGACAACGCGAUUACGUACUCGAGAUCGUCGUGUCGUAGUACGAGUUGGAAUCGGUCGUUGGUUCGUAGUGGCCUCGACGCGCUGACGGAGUCAGCAGCAGAGCAGACGACUCCGGACACGAUGAUGAUUCACAUGUACCAAUACUUGACCAUCGACCGCCGCAUCCAUCGGUUUAUGGCGGCAGUGUGUCACGUCAGCUACGCCAUCUUGAAAUGCAUUUGCAAGCACUGCCAUGGUCGGUUGACAAGGGAAAUAAUCUCGAGCAGCGGAAACCUGGCCAUGCCCAUGAGACAUGCCGCGUACAACGUGUGUAGCCGUGCCCCCACCCCCAUGGUGAACUUGCUCCUGCGAUGCAUCGUCGACGACGGGUCUGCCCAAGUUGAAUUACAUUGCGAAGGGGAGGUAGCCUGGAAUCUCUUGCAGAUGCCACAACGAACGGUGUUUGAGACGUUGGCCAUGGAGCAGGCGGGAGAGCUGGCGUACUAUGCCAGCAACGACGUAGCCGAGGGCACCCGUGAAGCAUUGUGGCGGAAGGCCGUCCUCGAUGCGCUGACCUACUUGGGCCAAGUGUCGUUGUGUGCAAGGAGGUUCUUUGCCAAAGCGACCAAUGAAGCGACUGCUGCGCAGGGACCUCCGAUGUCCGUCCUCCGGUGUGGCGACUUCUCCGUGCGGACUCCUGUGCAACCCAUGGUUCACAUGGAAGCUACUUCCGUUGACGUUGUGUAUGCGAAAGCUGAACUCCGGCGACUACUGUAUUGAUGAUGAGUCCACAUGGACCUGCUAGUGUACACUGUAUAUCCGGCAAUUUCAGCUUCCUCUUGAG